GCUUGUGUUUUUAGUACAUGGUGGACAUUUAUUUUUUAUCAAAUGGAAUAAAAAAUGGUUGUUCUUCUCUUAUAUUUAAGGACAGUUGAUCAUAGGACAUCUUAAGCCAUAAUCAUUUUGGUAGUAUGCCUGUAAAUGUAGUAUGUCUUUUUAAUGUAGCCAUGACUCAUUUACUGUUUAGAAAUUUGGGUUAAGAGAUGCUGCAAAUGAAAGUUUUUUUUUAAAACUUACUUGACCUAUUUUAAAUAUCUUUCUACAAAUGUAAAAGUUAAAAAUUCACAAAUCGCAGUUUUUCUUCAUAAUACAGAGAGUUCAAGUUUCGAAUCGUGUAGUAUAUUAUGUAAAUGCUUUGUAAAGGGCUUUGUAAAUUUUGACGCUGCAUUUUUUUUUCCCCAAGGUUCUAGACAAAGCAGAGUAUCUAAGAGAUAUGGAAGCAAAUGUUUUGCCUGGUUUUCUUAGGUUACAAGAAUUGACUGACAGAAAUGUGACUGUUAUCUUUCUCAGUGAAAUUAUUUGGGAAAAGUUUCGUCCAAAUACUGGAUGCUUUGAGCCAUUCGUUUUGUAUUUCCCUGAUUAUAGCAUAGGGAAUCUUCAAAAGAUCCUGUGCCAUGAUCAUCCUCCAGAAUACUCAGCUGAUUUCUAUGCUGCCUACAUUAACAUUCUUCUUGGAGUUUUCUACACUGUCUGCCGGGAUUUGAAAGAGCUCAGGCAUCUG